AUGUAUAAGCACAUAAAUUCCUUUAUUUCCCCACAGCAAAUUCAACAGAAAACAAAUCUAUCUGCCAUCACAAACUUCACUCUUCUUGGAUUUGGUGAUCAACCAGGACUGCAAGUUCUCCUUUCCUUGAUAUUCCUUGGAAUCUAUAUACUUGCCAUGGCUGGAAAUCUCAUUAUCACUAUUCUCAUUGUCAUUGAUGUGCACCUCCACACCCCCAUGUAUUUCUUCCUUGGGAAUCUGUCCUGCCUGGAGAUUUGCUACACCUCCACCAUCCUGCCCAGAUUGCUCUUCAGUCUUCUUACUGGAGACAAAACCAUUUCUGUUCAAGGCUGCAUUGCACAAUAUUUCUUCUUUGGUAGCUUGGCAUCUUCAGAAUGUUAUCUCUUAGCUGUGAUGUCAUACGAUCGCUUUUUAGCCAUAUGCAAACCAUUGAGGUACACAUCACUCAUGAGUGGCAGGAUCUGCCUUGGACUUAUUACUGUCUCUUGGAUGAGUGGUCUGCUAAGUAACACCAUCAUAACAUCACUGUUGUUAAAGCAGUCCUUUUGCGGCCCCAAUGAAAUUGAGCAUUUCUUUUGUGACUUAGCCCCUGUGUUAAAACUUUCCUGCACAAAUACCAGCCUGGUGAAACUUGUCAUAUUCAUCCUGGCCUCCAUGGACACCAUACCUCCAUUUCUUCUUACCUUGAUCUCAUAUGUCUGUAUUAUCAUCAGCGUCCUCAAAAUGAAGACCAAGGCUUCGCGACAUAAGGCCUUCUCCACUUGUUCCUCCCAUCUCAUUGUGGUGACACUUUUCUAUGGAUCUCUGAUUUGUGUAUAUAUAAUUCCUGAAACUAACACACUAAAGGGGCUUCAUAAAACCUUCUCCUUGUUUUAUACUGUCUUUACUCCCAUGCUCAACCCUAUUAUAUAUAGUCUGAGAAACAAGGAGGUGAAGAUAGCCUUCUACAGAACUGCAAGCAAAGCUGUCGGUGUGGUCUCAUUUCCUUAG